ACGGCCGGAUGCCGCCCCGCAGCGCCUGGCGUCCUCCGCGCGCCCGGAGGAACGAGGAUGGACGGGUCUGACUUUUACCCUGGAUGGUCCCCCUUCGACUUGCACAACAGGUUUCAUAAAUACACCAACCGUGUGUAUAAGCGGCCAAGGUGCGGGCCUGGGCCCCUUUCCCCCACUUGCUUUGCCGCGUUUUGGAUUUUCUUUGCUUUCACCGAACACCGAUGAACCCUGCUUGGAACUUCCCUGCUCGGGGCAAAGGAAGGCCGGUUCAACCGGGCUGGUGGAUAAGUCCCAGGUAGAAGUGACCCCUUUGGCUGCGUGAUGCGCGCCCAAAGAACUUGGGAAACGCAGAUGACAGUUGUGCGAUUACUGGACAAUUACUGGACAACAGUAACUAAGUGUCAUUGGUGACACGUCUCAGUUGAAAGGUGGAGGCAGCAGAAGGGACUUCCUGUCUGCCGAAGGAGCAGUCCCAGGUGUUACCUGUAUCCUGUGUUUGACGGGGGAGCGGGACUGACCUGAGGUGACACCCUCACUGACCUCCAGAAACUGCGUAGAGAUUUACAUUCAUGUCGUUACUGUGCCCUGUUGCCUUCUAAGCAAUCAGAUGGUGUAGAAGAAAGCCUGAACCCUUGAAGAGAGACCCUUGCCCUAAUUCUCCUCCAGGCCAAUACCCUGUGACUCCUUGGAAGAAUAAGCCAACACAAUGGACUGGGGUACCCUGCACACUUUCAUCGGGGGUGUAAACAAACACUCCACCAGCAUCGGGAAGGUGUGGAUCACCGUCAUCUUCAUUUUUCGCGUCAUGAUCCUCGUGGUCGCCGCUCAAGAGGUGUGGGGUGACGAGCAGGAAGAUUUUGUCUGCAACACGCUGCAGCCAGGGUGCAAAAAUGUGUGCUAUGACCACUUUUUCCCUGUGUCCCACAUCCGGCUGUGGGCCCUGCAGCUCAUCUUCGUGUCCACCCCGGCCCUGCUGGUAGCGAUGCACGUGGCCUACUACAGGCACGAGGCUGCCCGCAAAUUCAGGCGAGGAGACAAGCGAAAUGAAUUUAAAGACCUCGAAGACAUUAAAAAGCAGAAGGUCCGGAUCGAGGGGUCCCUGUGGUGGACGUACACCAGCAGCAUCUUCUUCCGCAUCAUCUUCGAAGCAUCCUUUAUGUACGUCUUUUACUUCCUUUACAACGGGUACCACCUGCCCUGGGUGUUGAAAUGUGGGAUUGACCCCUGCCCCAACCUUGUCGACUGCUUUAUCUCUAGACCUACUGAGAAAACCGUGUUUACCAUUUUUAUGAUUUCCGCAUCUGUGAUUUGCAUGCUGCUUAACGUGGCCGAGCUGUGUUACCUGCUCCUGAAAGUGUGUUUUAGGAGAUCAAAAAGAGCACAGACACAGAGAAAUCACCCCAAUCAUGCCCUAAAAGAGAGUAAGCAAAACGAAAUGAACGAGCUGAUUUCAGAUAGUGGUCAGAAUGCGAUCGCAGGCUUUCCAAGCUAAACGUUUCAAAGCACGGUGUAGCCGACUCAUAACAAAAGUGGUGUCUUCUCCUGAAGGCAAUGCCCACGUAAAAAUCCCCUCUAUAGACUGAAGACUUUGUCUUUAUAAAUGGCUUUCAUAAUCCAUAGACGCUGGCGUUAACUUUCUCUAGAAUAAUUGGUGCAGGAAUACGCAACGUAGUCGAGUAUGUGGUCCGUCUCGGAAAACUAAGACACGAUUGCCACUGUGCCUUGAAGUAACCUUAACACGUUAAAUGGACUGUCUUACUAGGUGUUUCCCGAAAAUUGUGUAACUGUUGUUGGUAAAGAACAUUUAUCUAGAAAUUGAUACUUUGAUUAGUAAAAGGUAUUUUUAUAGGAUUGGAGGUUUUAGUUCUGACUUUGAAUUCAUAUAAAGUAUUUUUAUAAUGACUGGUCUCUCUUACCUGGAAAAACAAACGAUGCUGGCGUUGGGAUGGUGCCACACGAUCUAAACUUUGAACUUGUAGAGAGUCUACCUUGUCGUCAAUAGCGUGUUGUGUGGUCUGCUGACAAAUCUACGAGCUGUCGUGAUACUCUUAAGGUGGACAUUGGUCAUCGUACGACACGUUCUUACCGCUUUCCGAAUGUAGACAGAGCUGUACGGGGAAGCGGGGCGCUUCUGAACACUGGCCGAUGUGCGGCCGUGGCGAACGGCCGAAAGGAGGGCGCUCGCCUCAAUAAAGAUCAGCCCGUGGCUUACCUUU